AUGGGGUGGAGAGAGGAGAGAGGGAGAGGGAGGGAAAAAGAAAUUGAAAGGGGGGGUAGAGGGGAGAGGAGAAAAGGAAGGGAGAGAGAGAAAGAGAAAGAGGGAAGGGAAAGGGGGAGAAAGGAAGAGAGGAGACAGAGAGAGGAGGAGAGAGGGGAGACGACAGAUAAAAGGACGGAGAUGAAACCUAUCGAUCAUUACCAUGAU